AUGGCGGGCGUUGACGAUGACGAUCAUGAUGUGUUGGAUGACGAGCAGUUAGAUGUUUUGCUUAAUUUUCCCCUUAAUAUACAAGAAGUAAUUGAUCAGGUUCUCCAUAGCGAUGAUCCCCUGGACCGUGCCGACUUCAAUCCUAUAGACCACAUCAACACACUGUUCCCAACAGAGCAGUCAUUAGUCAACAUUGAUGAUGUGGUUGGUAAAAUGCAACUGAAAAUACGAAAACUUGAUGAUGAAAUAAGAACAGUAGUACGAGGACAGACAAAUGCAGGUGAGGAUGGAAGACAGGCUUUGGAAGAGGCCCAAAAGGCAAUUCAAGAACUUUUCUCUCAGAUCAAAGAAAUCAAAGAAAAGGCAGACAAAUCAGAGGAAAUGGUGAAAGAAAUAACACGGGACAUUAAACAACUUGAUCAUGCUAAAAAGAAUUUGACAAGCUCUAUUACAACUCUGAAUCACCUCCACAUGUUGGUAGGAGGUGUGGAUUCACUUUCGAUGUUGGCCAAGAAAAGACAAUAUGGAGAUGUUGCAAAUUUACUUCAGGGAGUUCAAAAUGUAUUGGAACAUUUUCAGAAAUACAUGGAAAUUCCACAAAUAAAACAAUUAGCCGACAGAGUCAAAUCGAUUCAGUCAGAUCUUGGAUCACAAAUUCUUGCUGAUUUUGAAGAAGCUUUUCAGGGAGCUGGUGCAAAGUAUGGCCCUUCAAAUCAAAAACAGUUAAGAGAGGCCUGCUUUGUUGUUGAUGUUUUGGAUUCCAAAGUGAAGAAAGAUCUACUAGCUUGGUUUGUCAAAGUUCAGUUGUCAGAAUAUCUUGUCCUGUUUGGUGAAAAAGAAGAAGUAGCCUGGCUGGAUAAGAUAGACAGAAGAUAUGCUUGGAUAAAAAGAACCUUAGUGGACUUUGAGGAGAAGUUUGGACCAUUAUUUCCGGAGGCUUGGGAAGUUUCAGAGAGGAUAUGUAUUGAUUUUUGUAAUAUUACAAGGUCAGAACUGUCCAAGAUAAUGGGGAGAAGACUGCAUGAAAUUGAUGUCAAAUUGUUGCUUUUUGCUAUACAAAGAACCACCAAUUUUGAGGCAUUGAUCACAAGAAGAUUCACUGGUGUAACUCUGAAUGAAUCACAGAAUGUUCCUAUUCCAAGUCCCCAGACACAGUCUACAAAUCCAUUCAAAGAGUCUACAAAUCCAUUUGAGACAGAAUCCGAUGGAGAAAGUGGUUCUUUAGAAGAAACAAAGGACACUGCUAAGCAAGCUGGCUCUCCAUUUACCGGUAUUAUCUCUAAGUGCUUUGAACAACACCUGAAUAUUUACAUUGAUUCACAAGAUAAGAACUUGGCAGAGCUGAUAAACAGAUUUUUGGAAGAUUUGAGGCAGCAUGGGACUCCUAGAAUGGCAUCAGAUGAGGGUAGCAAUGUACUUCCCAGUUGUGCAGACCUGUUUGUGUUCUACAAAAAAUGCAUGGUUCAGUGCUCACAGCUUAGCACUGGACAGCCCAUGAUUGAUCUCACAAGAACAUUUCAAAAAUAUCUUAGAGAAUAUGCCAAUAGAGUCCUUCUGAACAAUCUACCCAAAGCUUCAAAUCAGAGUGGAGGAUUGACUUCAGCGUCCGGUCUGAUACAAAGCAUCCUGAAAGAAGGGGAGGUAACCAAGUUCACAGAGGAGGAGCAGUGUCGGAUCUGUAGUAUUCUAUGUACAGCAGAGUACUGCAUGGAAACAAGCCAACAGCUGGAGGAAAAACUGAAAGAAAAAGUGGACCCCUGCCUCUCAAGUCAGAUAGAUUUAAACUCCGAACAAGACACAUUCCAUAAUGUUAUAUCCAAUUGUAUACAACUGCUAGUGCAAGAUCUAGAGACAGCUUGUGAGCCGGCUCUCACUGCAAUGAGCAAGAUGUCUUGGUCAUCUGUAGAGGCAGUGGGGGAUCAGAGUGGAUAUAUAACUGCCAUCACAGGCCACCUAAAACAAAACCUACCAGUCAUCAGGGACAACCUAGCGUCAUCUCGAAAAUUCUUCACACAAUUUUGUCUAAAGUUUGCCAAUUCUUUCAUUCCCAAGUUUAUCAGCCAUCUCUUUAAAUGCAAGAACAUAAACACAGUGGCUGCGGAGCAGCUGCUGUUAGACACACAUUCCUUAAAAACAAUUUUGCUGGACUUGCCAUCCCUUGGAUCUAAUGUGGUUAGAAAAGCUCCAACCAGUUUUACAAAAAUCGUUAUCAAAGGCAUGACAAGAGCAGAACAUGUACUAAAGGUUGUGAUGUCACCACAUGCUGAUCAGCACAGAUUUGUGGAGAGUUACUACAGAAUGCUAAGUGAUUCCGAUCUGAACGAAUUCCAGAAAGUCCUCGAAAUGAAGGGUUUGCGUAGGAGCGAACAAAGUAACCUUUUAGAAAUUUAUCGUGCAAAAAUGCCUUUGACGGCAGCAACAGGAGGGACGCAUGGCGACUUAAAUCCCGGGAUCUCCUUACAAACCCAAACUUCUGAGCAGGAAUCCAGCCGGAUCAGAAAACUAGAGAGGCUUAUCAAAAAGAGACUUUGAUACCGUACAUGAUAUCCAUUAAUAUAAUUAUAUAAAUCUUUUUGUUAUACAGUAUAAAAAAGUGAAUAUGGUGAUUUUUAUUUUCAAAAUCAAAUUAUAUCCUUAAACUUUGACCAAAAAAGGAACACUGUUUUCAUGACUUUAAGCAUGAUCUGUCAAUCCCAAAGUUUAUUGGUCAUUUUAUCCUGAAAUUUACCCAAAUGGCAAUACUACUAGUGUAUAUGUUAAAUGUUCAUUCUCAGUUGGUUUCAUACAUGUACUAGGUGUGUAUAUUGGAGUUCUGUCUGAAAAAAAACAAA